GACAGUUGACACUCGUCACCAUUGUGAACUUUCAAUACUGUAGGUACUUCUAUCAAAAAAAUAAUAACAAGUUAUAUCCAAUAUUAUUAACUAAUUAUAUGGUUUAGAAUAAAACGAUUGCAAAGAACCUAAACUUAAACUGGUUUAACCUACGAAUAAAUAUCUGCCCGAGUACAAAGAUAAUUUGAGGUUAGAAAUGCAUAAAAUUCUGGAGUUUCAAGCUGUUGUUUUAGCAGCAGGAAGAGGUUCUCGUAUGCCUGAUGUUGGUGGUACGGUUUCAAAAUGUCUUCUACCUGUCGGCCCUUAUCCAUUACUAUGGUAUUCAUUGAACUUACUUGAAAGAGUUGGAUUUCAAGAAACCAUAGUGUUGGUGCUUGAUGAAGAUAAAUCCAGUAUUUUAAGUGCUUUAGAAAAAUGCCCAUUAAAAAUAAAAUAUGAGCUCAUAGUGAUACCUUCCGACGAAGAUUGGGGUACAGCUAACUCGUUAAAACACAUCAGCAGCAGAGUGACCACAGACUUGGUUGUUAUUUCUGGAGAUUUAAUAACAAACAUCAAUCUAAAUGAUGUCUUGAACCUUUACAGAAAACAUGACAGUGUACUUGCAUCAUUAUUCUUCAAUAAUGGACCCGAAGAGUGGAUUGAAUUGCCAGGUAUCAAAACAAAAGCCAAACCAGACAGAGACCUUGUCUGCAUUGACAAGGAGACAGAAAGGUUGUGCUUUUUAGCAAGUGCAAGUGACUUUGAAGAGAAUGUUUCUAUACCUAGAUUGCUCCUGAAGAAGUUUAGCUCUUUAAGCAUAUAUAGCAGACUACUGGACGCUCAUGUAUAUGUUAUGAAGAAGUGGGUUAUUAACUAUCUGGUUGAUAUGGAUAAGUUUACAUCAUUGAAAGGAGAACUAAUACCACACAUUGUGAAAAAACAACUAUCAAAGCCUAAGAAUCCUCUAGAAAAAAAGGGUACAUCUGAAAAAAAUGUGGAAUUAAACAAAGACAUAUUUGAUUAUGCCCUGGACUAUGGUUAUGAAAACAAAAUAAGGCAGAUGUCAGCAUACAAUGACCAUAAACUUGGUAGCAAAGGUGUUUAUUAUAAUGAUAUGAUAAAGUGUUAUGCUCAUAUUCCUGACAAGAGUACUUUUGGUAUGCGAGUCAAUACCUUAUCAGCAUUUUAUCUUUCCAAUAGCAAGAUAUUGUCAAGAUGGGAAGAAAUAACCGGUACAUCAAUCACAGACAGAAUACAUCCAAAUAGCGAUGUUAAGACCAAGCAAAUUGAUGAGAACAGUACUGUUGGUGAAAAAAGUUUAAUCAGCGAAAAAACAUCCAUUAAGUCCACAUUCAUUGGAUCUAAUUGUACUAUAGAGAACAAAGUUAGAUUAACUAACUGUAUAUUAAUGAAUAAUGUAAAUAUUAAGGAAGGGAGUGUACUUCAAGACUGCGUCGUGUACACAGGAGCCACAAUAGAAACAAACUGCGCGAUGCAAUAUUGCAUUGUCGGCCCCCACCAUGUCGUUCCUUCAGCAGUCAAAGGAAACCAUCAGAUAUAUGCGGAAACAACUGAUAAUAUGAUAACUCUUGGAUAAUUUAUAAUAAAUAUAACUUUACAGUA